UCGUAGUAUGCAAUCUUAACCGCAAACAUUGUUGUUAGUUUGUGUGUUAUCCACACAUGUUGCUACAUCCUACAUCAUCACCACUUCCUCUACUCUCCUAUACUCUCAUCCUCCAAUGACGUUCACCGUCGCCACCAUCAGUACCGGCGCUACAUGCGGCGGUGCAGGAAUCCUCUACAACAACACCACCACAACAACACCCUACACCUCUCUCUCCCACUUCACCCUCCCAUCAUCAACCUCAAAAAGAAGAACCCUUCACAUAGUUUCAGCUAAGAAGUUUUCUUCUCGUUCUAGAAGGAACCAGCCAACAACCACCACGACUCCUGAUCAGGAAUUACAACCAAAGAAUGAGAUUGAAAUACCCUUUUACUCCGAUGAAGAUUGGCCGUUUCCUUAUAGACCUCCUGGUACCUCGAAGGAGGCUGAUUUCUUUGAAGGUCCUCAGUGGGACACUGUUGGGUUCAUUGGAGAGUGGUUGUGGAUUCUUGGUGGUGUUUUCGCGGUAUGUGGUGGUGGGUUUGCUGCCAUAAAUUACAAUCAAGGAGCAUCAGAUUUCAAGGACACUCCUGCAUACAAGGAAUCUGUUCAGUCUCAAGAACUUUUAGAACAACCGGAAACAUCUGAAUCAGAUAUCUUCGAGUCAAAUCCUACAGAGGUAGCUCCUAGUUUGAACUAGUCCAUUCAUAGAUACAAGCAAACAUACUUUGUUUAGCGAAUAUGAAUCCAAAUCCAGGUGAAUGUUCCUUAAUUUGUAAGGCAAAACUUUGUUAUAUUUUUGAACUCUUAGAAGUUGCGACCGUUUGAUCAAAUCAUUGUCGAUGAUCUUAUCUUAUAGAUAAAAACAUGGAAAUUUAGAGAUGAUAUUUGGUUCAGAUGUGGCACAUGGAUAGAAUGGUUUGUAAAUUGUAUGGACUAAAUGUGUGUUUCGAUAUGCUUAGUUUGGUUUA